AUGUCAGUUGGCCUAACUCAUCUAAAGCCCGCUGUGGUUGAAGAGCGAAAUAGCGAAAUAGAGUAUCGAGUUGUGAAUAACGAUGGCACACGAGAGAGCAUGAUUCUUUUGACAGGACUCAGGUGCUUGUUCCAGAAGCAACUGCCGAAAAUGCCAAAGGACUAUAUCGCACGCCUCGUCUAUGACCGUACCCAUCCAUCUAUCGCCAUUGUGAAGAAGCCCCUAGAAGUCAUUGGCGGUAUAUCAUUUCGAGAAUUUCGACAAUGGGCCGGUGGCAUCAUCACUCCAAUCGACCCGCUCACUAUUCCUCAUAUCCGGGCAACCGGUUGGUCCCCAGACAUGGACGAACUGUCAAGACAACCACGCCACGGGCCUCAUUUUAACGAAAUGCGACGGCUUCUGUACCAAGUUCAAAACCACAAACAAGCAUGGCCUUUUCUCCAGCCAGUCAACAAGGACGAUGUGCCCGACUACUACAACGUCAUAACAUUCCCGAUGGACUUAUCGACGAUGCUCGAAAGACUGGAGCAUGAUUACUAUGCGGCGCCAAGGGAUCUUGUUCGUGAUCUCAAGUUGAUUUUCAGCAAUUGUCGGAAAUAUAAUGACGCAACGACUGUCUAUUCCAAGUGUGCGACAAAGCUGGAAAAGUACAUGUGGGGACUCGUCAAAGAGAUCCCUGAGUGGUACAGUUUGUUAGAGGAGGAUGAAGAGUGA